AUGACUGGCCAUCAGAGUCCGAUAUGGCUGCGCGUGGUCAAAAUCGGAGUUCCUAUAGGCGUAAUAUUUGGUCUAGCAUACAUUGACUUUGCUUCUUUUUACUCUUUGGGAUACCAGGAAAUCUACAAACACCAUUCUAAGGGUAUAGCCGUUGCAUUAUGGGUACUUGGAGGAUUUUCACAGUUUGUAAUGUUUUUGUAUUGGAUUCUCAUGUUUGUCAUUGGUCCAGGAAAGUCUCCUGUUUUCCAGCCACUCAACUUGUACGGAACAGAUGAUCCUAAUUUGAUACCAUGUCCAGAUAUAUUUCCCUGCGAUGAGUAUGGAUACCCAGAAUAUAAUUCCAAUGCCAGAUCGAUAGUGACUGCUCGAACGUUUUAUCUGAAAGAUAUGGGAUAUAUGGUAUUGAAGUUUGACCACUUUUGUCUCUGGAUAGGCACUGUCGUAGGUGAAACUAACUACUUGUUCUUCAUGAAGUAUUGCCAGUGGUUUCUAACGUAUUUCGUUGUAAUAUUAAUUUUUUUAAUCAGGUAUACACCCCUGAACAUUGGUCGUGGAGGUGAGAUCAAUCACAACUUCAUCCCGCUAUACGUGAUGUGUGGAAUGUGGAUCUUGAUGAUUGGAGCUCUCUUUGGAACUCAUUUCUACUACAUUGUGAUUAACAAAGUGACCCUAGACCAGGUCUCCGAGAACCAAAAAAGAUCAUUUGAAAGAUGGCAGAAUAGCCACAAGGACGAUAAGAAGAAAAGACCCAAACCUAGAGAGGAGACUGGAUGGAGAUAUAUUAAUGUCAAGAAAGACAACUUGAGGUUAGUUGUACAGUAUGGAAUUAAUGAUAGAGUGUAUGACAUGGGUGCAAAAAAGAACUUCAUCAAUUUGGUAUACAAUGGAAAUCGUAACCACGGUCUAGAGGAGCUGUUUUAUACCACUCAAAAGUAUUUUGUUGCUCUUGCAAUCUUAUUCAUUCCGUUUGUUGAUAUCUACAAUGGUUUCAAAUAUGCAAAAAGACCUCCUAUAGACCCAGAAAUCGGUUCACUUCAAGAACGAAAACGCAUGGAGUUUGAAAGCUAUUCUUGUAAACUUAAUGACGAUUUUCUCCAGCACGUAUAUGGAAAAAUCGAAAGAAAGGAAUGUUACAUAGCCCAGUAUAUAAGACUUCCACAGGAACAUCAGAAACCACCGGAAGACGAAAGAGAGCCACAAAAGGAAGCAUCAACGGAGAUUAAAUCAGAGACCAAAUCUGAAACAGGCUCCGAAAUGGUGUCUCCUUUGAAGAAUAGUACAGAGUCAGGUUCUCCUAGAUCUUCACAGCAAUAG